AUGGCACUUUUUGAUCUCAACCAUCCGUUGAUGUUUGCUUCUGGUAUCUUAGGAAACAUCAUAUCGAUAUGCGUAUAUCUUGCUCCUUUGCCUACAUUCAAAAGGAUUUGUAGAGAAAAAUCUACUACGGGUUUUGCUUCUUUACCAUACGUUGUAGCGCUCUUUUCAUCAACUGUUUGGAUGUAUUACGCGUUCUUGAAGGGAAAUGCCAUUUUGCUUAUCUCUAUCAAUUCAUUUGGAUUCAUUAUAGAAACAAUCUACAUCGCGCUGUACCUUGUGUACGCGUCCAAAAAUAUCAGAUACCACACGAUCAUGUUAUUAGGCCUUCUUGAUGUUGUUGUGUUCGCAAUAAUUUUCCUCGUUUCCUUUUUCAUCUUCAACGGUAACACCCGCAUUCUGGUGAUUGGAUGGAUUUGCGUGGCUGUCUCCGUGUGUGUGUUCGCAGCACCAUUAAGCAUCGUGUUUAAAGUUGUCAGGACUCGAAGUGUAGAAUUCAUGCCAUUCUUCUUGUCAUUUUUCUUGACACUAAGUGCAGUCAUGUGGUUUGCCUAUGGUGUGCUUCAGAAAGAUUUGUGUAUUGCACUCCCGAAUGUUCUUGGAUUUGGGUUGGGACUUGUUCAGAUGUUGCUGUAUGGGAUCUAUAGGAAAUCGAAGCCGGUCAUCAUCGAAGAGAAAAAGUUGCCAGAACAUGUGAUGAACAUUCUGUUUCUAGGAACCACCGAAGUGCAUCCAGUUGAUUCAAAAACCUGCGAGAAUUUUGAGGAUGAAAAGGACAAAAAGGAUGAAGAAAUUUGUGCAAUCCCUUUGGAAAUGGAACCCUGCAGCCCAUUGAAAGUGCAGAAGGAUUCACCUGCACUUAAUGUUUGUGCAGCUUAA